UCUAGAAUCUUGAGUUAGUGUACACAUGUAUUUAAAUUCAACCAAGCUCAUUCUGAACCAUUCUGGACAAUGAUGGCACGCAAGCGAAUGCUGAAAGCUGUGGAUUGGACCGAUGAUGACUACUGGGCAGCCUGGGACAAGUGGCAUGAAGUCAUUGACUGGGAAGAUGACACUGAGGAGUGCUCCCCAGAAAGACCGCCUUCUGACCAGGCUCAACGUAACACCUCCUCGACCCCUGGAGAGCAAAGGAAAGAGGAGUGCUCCCCACCAACUCCAACCCCUAACAACAUGGAGACAUGCAUUGAGGCCAAUACAUGUCACGUAGAAGUUGUUGACCUGAACAGAGGGACCAUACGCAUACAGCUUCCAAAACACUGUCAGGACCAGCUUCAAAUUGAAGCUCUACUGCUUGACAUUUGCCAGGUGGAGCUUCAGAAUCUAAAUCACUCUGAGAUUCAAUUUGAGAUUGAGGAGCUGGACAUUGGGGAAGUGGUAGUGGACGGUACCCAAGAUGGAGCAACUUCCACUUUUGAAGUGGAAAUAGUGGACAUAAAGGUGGAAGUUGCUGACAAAGAAUGGGAACACAAAGUGAAAGUGGAAAGUCCACCAACUUUGUUUUGUGAAGCAACAGUAGAAGAAGUGGGACUUGAUGAUCCGGACACAGGCAAGGUGGUGGUGUCAGCCUGUGGAACUGUGGUGAAUGUGCCCCUGCCAACGACCUGUGGCAGAAGGAAGAGGAAGAAGAAGAAGAGAAGGCGUAAUUAGAACGAAAGUGUCAUCCAUAAGAGUCUGAGGCUGAGCAGAACAUCUGUCAGUUUGAUUCAUUUCUGCAAAUUUUAUUAAAUAAAUAUGAAUUAAACAUUA